UAUUAGAGCGCCCGGGUACGAGGCUGAUAGAAAGGCCCUGGGUUUGAGGUACUCUGGGACGAGAUUGCGACCUUGCGGCCGAGAAUGCCGUCGUAAUCCUCGACUCUCAUGUUCCAUGCCACAGUGAUAGGAAGAAAAUAACAGUUUACCAAAUCACAUUGAAGAGUUAAAAUUGUGAAAUAGCAAAACGUCUUUGAAAAGUAACUCAAGAUGACAGCUUCUGUAAUUGCCAGAGGUUUUUCAAGAGCACCCUGGUACAAGACCAUUAUGAUGUGUCGACCGACGUUUUUCGAUGUCAAACACCGUCUUUUGAACGCCCACAUGGAAAUGAAAAUUGAAGUGAAGAAGAGUUUAGCGCAGACCCAGUGGGAGAAUGCGCACAGCGCCUUGCUGGCGAAUAAUAUCAAAGUUGAACUGCUAGAGCCGCAACCAGACCUCCCCGAUAUGGUCUUCACCGCAAAUGCGGGCAUCAUUCACGGCAAUAAAGCAGUGGUGUCGAGCUUCGGAGCCGUCCCGCGUCAGCCUGAGACGCAGCACCAUAUACCGUUCUUCAAAGAACGAGGUUUUGAGGUGAUAAACCCGCUUGACGACGGAGUUGAAAUUGAAGGCUGUGGUGAUUUUAUGCCAACGCAUGACGAGGAAAACUUCUUUGUGGCGUACGGAUUUCGCAGUUCUUUCAAAGCAUAUGCGUACCUCAAAGAUGUCCUUUCAAUCCCAAAAGAUCGUCUUCAUCACAUGAAGCUGAUGGAUCCGUAUUUUUAUCAUAUUGACACGGCGUUGAUGAGCCUCACCCGUGGACAUAUGAUGUAUUACCCUGGGGCGUUCGACAAAGAAUCCGAGCGCAAAAUAUUAGACGUCGGUGGGGAUAAAACAAUCGCAAUUGGACAGGAAGACGCAAUGUAUUUUGCAUGUAAUUCGGUCAAUUUCGAAGAAAAUGGACAACAUGUUAUUGUUGGAAAUAAGUUCACUGAUGCUCUUCGAGGUAAAUUGACGGACUUUGGGUAUAAGGUAAUCCAGAUACCUUACGAUCAAUUCUUAUUGGCUGGUGGAAGUAUUCGAUGCUCUGUAUUGGAUAUUGGCAAGCCUGAACACGCCUGAAUACUGGUUAUGAGGUACAUUUGUGAAAAUAUCACAUGAAAAGGAAAUAUCAUAUGAAAAGGAAAUAUCAUAUGAAAAGGAUGAAAGAGCAAUGUUUCGGAAGUUGGAACUUAUCAUGUGCUAAACCAUG